CAGGAGCUGCUUCCUUUCUAGAUUUUGGGUCAAGCCAUGACAAUGUGCUCUGGAAUUCCAUCCUUGGGCUGUGCCUGCUGAUCAUGGUCCUGGUCGUCAUCUGCUACCUCUGCUUUGUGCGGGUGAAGAGAAAAUGGUGGGACCAAAUCCCAAGCCCAGCCAAGAGCAAAGUGGCUGAAAACAUGACUGUGAAACCGGUUUCCUUUGUGAGGAAGGUCUGCUCAGCUGUGGAAGGCAAGCAACAUCUCCAGGACACACACAAACUGGACUCUCAGAGCAAAAUUGAUGUCACUUUCUGCAGCCAACCAACGAGGGGCAAAGUUCCUAAGAACAGCCCUGGAGGUAAACAGGAGGUGUUCCUCACACCGGAGGUCACUGUGGUCGAAUAUCCCGUCCUGAUCUACAGGCAUGAAUCUGAUGCCAAACCUGAGGCUCCGGAAGCAGAAGCGGAUUGGGUCCCUCAUGAAGACGCCGUGGCCAGGCUCUUCAGGGUCCUUCUCAGUGGUGAACUGAGCAUGGGGGGCACCAGCAUCCUAGAGCCUCUUGCACAAGAGGAGCAGUCCCCUACUGAGGGCCAAGCUCCGGAGCGCAUGCCAAGUGCUGUUGGCUUAUGGCAAGACGUGCCUCUGGGCAAGCCCCAAGGAAGUUUGGAGUCCUCUUCCGAAUCUGGCUAUCGCAGCUCCAGCACAGAGGCGGCCACUUCUUCCCGGGCAGCCAGUCCUGACCCUGAGCAGCUUCUUGGCCAUGGCCUUUGCCCUUCUGCAGUGCAACCUUCUGUGCUGCUCUUGCCUCCUCACGAGUCAGACCAUGCCUUUGCCACUGUCAGAAUCGGCCCCCUGGAGGAGGGCAGCUCAGCAGUGCCCUCUGGCUACAAGUGCUUCAACAGCUUUGUGUCUGAGCCCUUGGCCAACUUCAGUCAGCUUUUACCCCCGCAGUGGGAGGGAAACCCAGAAGCCCCCCCCCAGAAUGCCCCUGGGAAAGCAGACACCCUUCCUUGCCCAGUGGCCGCUCUCCUGUCUGGCUACCGAUCCUUCAGCUCUGCUCUUCAGAGCAGCCCCAAAUCACCCCAGGGCAGACGCAGCAGCAGCAGCCUCGACUUGCAAUCCCCAUAUAAGCCCUUGCAGAGUUGUCAGGAGCAGCCCCCCACAAACAGCCCCUGUGGACAGAAUCCUUUUUCACCCCGGCUGGGGGGCCCAGGAGAUCCAGCCUGGCCAAGGGCACCCUGGGAGGCAGACCUUGGCAUGCGAGAGAGCACCGCUGGUGGAGGCUUCAAGAGAGGCGCAGCCAGGGACAGAGGCCUUUUGUGCCCCUGAGACGCCACGUGGACAAGCUGUGGGUGCACAUCUUUGCUGCCGGUUGUGAGUGUGCUUCGGCUCUCCUGCUGACAGGCUACGAGUCCAGCAACCAGACUGCUGCUGCUUGGGGGGGGGGGUUCUGCCCAGCCUUCCUUUCUAACACCAUCCCUCCCCCCCCAGCAGCUUACUGCAGUUGCUGCUGCGUUGAUGGCUUCCUCCUCCCCCACGCCCAUGCAAGGGCCUCACCUAGAGCUGCUCCUACAGGUGGGGGACAAGGAGGCCUUGCAGCAGGCCCUCCGCCGUGCCCUGACAGGCAUCAGAUGAAAGUUGGGGGUGGGGGAGGCUGGAGAAAGGGACUUGGGCUGCUUGAGGGGGCGGUGGUGCAGGAAAGGGACGGACUGCCCAUUGAUUGAAAAACAUUCUAGCAUUAAAUAUUUGUAUCCAUAUAA